AUUACCUAUUAAAUCAUGAGUUCCUUGCAACUGGUUUUUCCACUUGUUUUGAUUUUCAACUUGAUCUUCAUCAUUCAACAUUAUUCAUGUGAUGCUCAAGACCUAAAGAGAUGUAGAUUUGAUGCAAUAUAUCAAUUAGGGGAUUCAAUAUCAGACACUGGUAAUUCUAUCGUAGAGAUUCCUCAAGCUUACCAUGCCAGAUUUCCCUAUGGUCAAACAAUUAACAAAGCAACCGGUAGACCUUCUGAUGGAUUGCUAAUGAUUGAUUAUAUUGCGCAAUCAGCUGGUCUUCCACUGCUUGAGCCAUAUGAGAAUCCAAAUUCAAGUUUUAGUCAUGGAGUGGAUUUUUCGGUCGCUGGUGUUACUGCAUCAACUGUUAAAACUCUAAUAAAGUGGCAUAUUCCACUUCCAUACUCUAACAACUCUCUUAGUGUACAAGUUAAAUGGUUGAAGAAGCAUUUGUCCACAUUUUGCAAUGUCAAAAAAGAUUGCCAUACGAAACUCAAAUCAGCACUUUUCAUGGUUGGGACAAUUGGAGCCAAUGAUUAUGACUUUGCAUUUUUCCAAGGAAAAAGCAUUGAAGAUGUAAAAAAGGUCAUGGUGCCUAGAGUCAUGCAAACUAUUAAGACUGCUAUCCAAAAAGUUAUUGAUUAUGGUGCUUUUCGAGUGGUUGUACCUGGAAUCUUUCAAUUGGGUUGUACACCGAGCUUGCUUACUGCGUUUUCAUCAAAUAAUUCUGUUUAUGAUGCACGUGGUUGUCUAAAAGAUUACAAUGACUUCUUUAUGUAUCACAAUAAUCAUCUACAAGUAGCAUUACAAAAAAUAAGGAAGAAGAAUCCUCAUGUACGCAUUAUAUAUGGUGACAUUUAUGGUGCUCUCCAAUGGGUUUUGGAUAAUCUUUCAAAUCUUGGAUUUAAAUCAUUUAAAAAAUCUUGCUGUGGGAUUGGUGGAAAAUUUAAUUUUAGCCCCUCACUAGAGAAAAUGUGCGGAGCUCAUGGAGUACCUGUUUGUUCAAACCCUAAAGAGCAUGUCUUUUGGGACGGAGGACAUUUUUCACAUCAAGCAAGCAAAUAUUUAUCAAAAUGGCUCAUUAAAGAUAUCUUACCCAAACUUCAUUGUAGUACAUGAUAGCAUAAUAUGAGGCAAAUAUGAAUGUUGUGAAGAAAUUGUUUUUUUUUUCUUAAUUUGCUUAUUUUGAUGUUAAUAAAUGGAUGUUAUCAAAUUGUUAUAUUUUGCUUUUUUA